AUGGUAGCAGUUACUACACAGGCCGUCAGAUGUUCGCAAGCUCUGGGUGAGGAAGACGAGGACAACACUCAUGAGCGUCUUACGAAUGAACUGUGCGUGCAAGUGGCAGCCACUGUUCUGACGAGUUCCUCUCAGCGUCAGGAAGGACGGCGGUGCUAUCUCUCGUUUCGAACCAUAGUGGAGCCUGUGGGAAUGGGACGCAAGCGGGAAAUGACUGGACCUGGUUAUAUAUCUCCGCUUACCAGUCGGGAGCGUCAUCUAAUGCACCACUCUGCACCUCCUGCUCUCGCCUCCGAUACUCAACCAUCCGGUCAUGGUAUAUCAAAAUCGCCCAGCCAUAAUGAGCAGAAGAUACUUGGUCCCGAUAGCAACCAGACCAGUCCUGGAUACUCGCCGGUCAGGGCGCUCGACCAAACCCUUCGGCACAGCCUCAGAGGGAAAACAGGAAGUGGGCGUGGCACUCCCAGCAAUCCAAUAGUGUCGAAAUAUGAUUUACCGGAGGGCUCUGCAGCGGCCGUUUGCCUGAAGAGAACCAUCUUCAUCUGCUCCAGCAGCUUCUGUUGUUGCUUGAUUAUUGCGAUGCUCGUGGUGUCAGGAAUUUUUAUCGUGCGAAGUGCCAGUCACGCAUGCGACACCAGUUCCUGUAGAGCCUAUGCUGGGCUCCUUAAGCGGUUCGUGGAGAAGAACGCAGACCCUUGCACAAAUUUCUACCAGUUCGUGUGCAGCAGUUGGAGCAGACUAUUCAACAGAUCUGUCAUUUGGGAGCACCACGAACAGUUGAUAUACAGAACUCAGCAAGAUCUUGGUCGCCUUCCCAUCAAAGGACAAAGUGCAGUGGAGAAGGCAGCGAAGUACUACCAGACCUGCACGAAAGCCAGCAGUGAAGCGGUACAGUUCCGAUCAAUGCUAAUAAACGCCAAUAUCACGUGGAUCAACCCGCCUGCCCAGACUGACUUAAUUGAAAUGAUGUCGUAUGCAGCCGUCAACUGGGAUGUCACACCAUUAUUGCAGAUCUCCUUAUCUACAUUACCCAACGGUAGCUCUUUGAUCGAGUUGGCACCCGGACAGUUCAUUUCUGUCUGGGAGCAAACGCGAGCUCAGAUGAUCAAAGAAGAGAGCUACUUCAGCUACUACACCAAGGCUUGGAAGUUUAUGAACGGAUCAACGCCACCAAGAUCCGCAUUUGAUACGUUCAAGGCACGCGAAGAUCGAAUCAUGGAAAGCUUAAGCAGCAAAUUUCAGAGUAACGACACAACCCUUUUGAGUGACAGCGAGUUUCGACAUAAAAAAGAGGCACACCGUUGGAAAAAACUCUUCCAAGACGUCCUUCGCAUCUCACCAAGAGAGCCCACCGUGAUCGCCGUCCGUCCAGCGACGUUUUUUGAACAACUGGAGUUCAUCAGGGCUGCUGAAGGUGAACGCCAAAUGGUAAAGUUCUUCAGCUGGGGUGUGUUCUUCAUGUUGGGUCAACUGUUCCUGCCGGACAUGACGUCCAUAGCGUAUAAAUCAGCUGAAAAACGAAAAGAAACACUCAACUACCGCUGCCUUCUUCACGUGGAGAAGUACAUGAGCUUGGCCGUUGCCAUUCCAAUACUGCGAGAGAAGGUUCCCCGAGAUUCGUUUCAAAACAUCAAGACAAUUUUCAAAGGAAUUUAUCGACGUUUACAGGAGCACAUGGUAUUUAAUAGCAAUGCCGACUUCGAAGCAUACAUGGAGGACAGGCUCUCUAGCGACAUCUUCUCCGGAUACGAUAACAGUCCGAGCCAAAUUGAGGAAUAUUACUCGCAGUAUUCAGAGAUCGGGAGUUCGUUCUUGGUUAAUAUGUUGAAUAGCAUCGCAGCUUGGAGAAACCGCACAUCAAACGAAUACAGUACCACCUACUUGGACAGCACCAAAUGUUACACCCCCUUCCGAACUGUAACCAACGUCACAACCAUCUGUCCUCCUUUGAUGACAUUGCCUUUUUAUUCAUUCACUUCCGUACCUGCAAUCCGUAUUGGUGGCUUGGGAUCUCUUGUCUUGGCAUCCAUAAUGGAGGAUCUGUUCUUCAAUGCGGCUCAGCGUUUGACACCGCAAAUUCACAAACGACUGACAGACAGCAAGCAAUGCCUGCAAGAAACGACAAGUGGUCUUGAAGGCCUAUCCGAUCAUACAAUCCAUAACUCCCUGGCUGGAAAUAUAUUGUAUAGAGCUUACGACAGUAUCGUGGAGGAAGAAAAAAGAGUUGGGCGUAACGUGAAACCUGAGACUGAAGAAACUGUGUAUGGCGUCACUUAUAAUGCGAGACAGUUGCUGUUCAUCGCAUCAUGUAUCAUUCGUUGUGGUGGUACCACCAGCGAGGAUGUCUGCAAUGCCCCGGUACAGAACAAUGCGUACUUUGCUGAUGUCUUCAGCUGUUCCACGUCAAAGCCAAUGAACCCAAGGAAGAAAUGUAAUAUGUUUUAACUCUACUCAUAUUAUAUAUUUAUAUACUCAU